AUGGCCGAGCGGCAUCAGCAGAUGAAAACGUCCUUCCUCUUCGUGCAGCUGCGGGCGCCCCCUGCGCGCGUGCGCCCCGCCCCGGCUCCAGCCCGGCCCGCGGCCGCGGGGGGCCCGGAGGAGGGCCGCCCUUUCCCGGGUCCCGGGGCCGGCUCCUCGGCGGGCGGGGCCCUCGGGCCCCCUCCCCGGGCUGGCCCUCCCCCGCCGAGGCCGGGCCGUGGGACCGCGGCGCCAGCCGCCCCCUGUUGCUCGGCUCCCGCGGAGGGAGAGGAGAAAACCCGGGCCCUGGAUGCGCGGAAGGGGCGCGCUCGCGGACCCCCCGGUCUCAGGCGCUCCCCGGCCCCCGCCUCCGGCGCGCGUGGACGGCGGCAGGCCCGGCCAUGCAGACCCCCUAGCCCGGCUCCCGGCAUGGGCGACGGCGGCCGCAGCCCCUCGGUGGGCUGGACUCCCUGGUCGGACGGUCCUGCCCGCCGGGACGUGUGGAGCACCGGCCCGCAGGCUCAGGACGCCUCGGAGUGCUCCCUUCCGCAGGCCCAGGCUGCCGAGGGCGCUCAGAGCCAGGGGUCCCGGGGCGGAACCGAGGCGCCGGCCCGCAGCCCCGCGCGCCCACCGAGCGCUCAGGAUGAGGGCACCCCCGCGCGGGCCAGCCGCGCCAGGCUCUGCAGGCACCGUGCGCCCCUCCAGACCAGCAGGAGCUGCGCCGCCCCGCCUGCCGCCCUGCCUCUCAAGGCAGAGACAUUUGUUUGGGUUAACAAUGCAUCAGCACAUUCCCAGAGUGUUGCCAAGGCCAAAUACGAAUUUUUAUUUGGCAGAUCUGAAGAGAAAACUCCAGAUACUAGUGAUCAUGGAGGAAGCACUUUACUCCCCCCGAACGUCACGAAUGAGUUUCCGGAGUAUGGGACCAUGGAGGGAAGUGGAGAAGGCCUGAGAGCCUCUCUGGAGUUUGAUGCCGAGUCUCUGCUGCUCUGCCGGGGGGCGCCACAGGGGGCCCAGCCCCUUGCCGGCUGUCACUCCGGGCCUGUCGGUGUCGCCGGAGGACCAAAAGAUGUCAGAGGGCUCCCUUCUCAAAGUCACUUCAAGGAGCCGAGUUUACAACACAUCGACUCUCUGAUUUCAGCUCUGAAAGCCACAGAAGCCAGAAUAGCUUCAGGAACGUUGCAGGCUGCAAAGGUACUGGAUGGAGCUGCGGUUUCUACUGGUUCAGCUCAGCAGGGGGAACAGGAGCCAGACACCGCCAGUCAGAAAGCAGCGAAAGCCCACGCGCUGUUCCCUGCUGGCCGUGAAAAGUCGCCCGAUAUACCUCUUUCAGCCAAAGUUCCGACUGAGGAACAUUUUUAUUUGAGCAUCCAGGAGGAUCUGACUGCACUAUUAACUGGAGAGACUCAAGCAGAGCCAUCCCUAAGAGCUAGUAAUGGACGAAAGGGGGCUGUCCACGUGCAAGAGCCAGCUGGUCCAGCGUCCUCAGUGGGCAGCCCCGCAACCCACAGCUCAGCGGGUGGUGGUGGUUUGUUGAGAGAGAGGAGGUCUGACCAGGGUGCUCGGGGACGCCCAGGCCCGGGCAAGCAUGUGGCGUUUCAAGGAGUGGAAACACUGUGGACCGGAGGGGAGGCGAGGGAGGCCCGGCACGCUGCGGGCGUUCAGACGUCCCCGGGAAGGACAGCCCCUCCUGAAAGCAGAGAGUUUUCCGAAGUGCCCAGCCACCUCGUCUCGUCUGCUGCUCUGCGUGACUCCGCGCCUCCCGAGAGGCCGGGUCCCCCCGCGCCUCUGCUUGAGACGGUAGAGGAUGAAGUCUUCCUAAGGGAGGACAAGGACCACGUGGAGAGGAGGCCUGAACCGGAGAGGGACGGGGAAAGGAUUCUCGAGCAAGCGGAGCACUUGCGGGGUGGAGAUGAUGACAUCCUUGGGUCUGGAUACGCAGAAGACUCCACUGACGUGUACAGCUCCCAGUUCGAGACCAUUUUGGACAACACCUCUUUAUACUACAGUGCUGAGUCCUUGGAGACUUUGUAUUCAGAGCCUGAUAGCUACUUCAGCUUUGAAAUGCCCCUCACUCCAAUGAUACAGCAGCGCAUUAAGGAAGGCGGGCAGUUCCUCGAGAGGACGUCGGUGGGAGGACAGCAGGACAUCCUGAGCAUCUCGGCAGAUGGCGGGAUAGUGAUGGGCUAUUCCAGUGGGGUCACCAAUGGGCUGAGUGGCUCCAGUAACUCCAUCUACGCAAAAGGCACCCCAGAGAUCGCUUUCUGGGGAAGCAAUGCUGGGUUGAAGACAGCUCAGCCAGAGGCUCAUUCUGAAAUGGGGAGCACUGAAAUUCUGGAAAAGGAGGCCUCAGAAAGUCUCAGUAACGGUACCAGCAGCAACAUAGAAGCAGCCAAAAGGCUGGCCAAGCGCCUUUAUCAACUCGACAGGUUCAAAAGGUCGGACGUGGCAAAGCACCUAGGCAAGAACAAUGAAUUUAGCAAACUAGUUGCAGAAGAAUAUUUGAAGUUUUUUGAUUUUACAGGAAUGACACUGGAUCAAUCUCUCAGGUAUUUCUUUAAAGCAUUUUCUCUUGUGGGAGAAACCCAAGAACGAGAGAGAGUUUUAGUACACUUCUCCAAUAGAUAUUUUUACUGUAACCCAGAUACCAUUGCUUCACAAGAUGGAGUCCAUUGCCUCACCUGUGCAAUGAUGCUGCUUAACACAGAUCUCCACGGCCAUAAUAUUGGAAAGAAGAUGACUUGCCAAGAGUUCAUCGCAAACCUCCAAGGGGUAGAUGAAGGUGGUGAUUUCUCCAAGGAUCUACUGAAAGCUCUGUACAACUCGAUCAAGAAUGAGAAGCUCGAAUGGGCAGUAGAUGAUGAAGAGAAAAAAAAGUCUGUGUCCGAAGGUACCGAUGAGAAGGCUAAUGGAACACAUCCAAAGACCAUCAGCCGUAUUGGGAGCACUACCAACCCAUUCCUGGACAUUCCUCACGACCCCAAUGCUGCUGUGUACAAAAGCGGGUUCUUGGCUCGGAAGAUCCAUGCAGAUAUGGAUGGAAAGAAGACUCCGAGAGGCAAGCGAGGAUGGAAGACCUUUUAUGCUGUACUAAAGGGAACAGUGCUUUACUUGCAAAAGGAUGAAUAUAAGCCAGAGAAGGCCCUGUCAGAGGAGGACCUGAAAAACGCCGUGAGCGUGCACCACGCGCUGGCGUCCCAGGCCACCGACUAUGAGAAGAAGCCCAACGUGCUCAAGCUGAAGACGGCUGACUGGAGGGUCUUGCUUUUUCAAGCCCAGAGUCCGGAGGAAAUGCAGGGAUGGAUAAACAAGAUUAACUGUGUCGCCGCUGUGUUUUCGGCACCACCGUUUCCAGCAGCCAUUGGGUCUCAGAAGAAGUUUAGUCGCCCACUGCUGCCUGCCACCACGACAAAAUUGUCUCAGGAGGAGCAGCUGAAAUCCCACGAGACCAAGCUGAGGCAGAUCGCCGCGGAGCUGGCGGAGCACCGGUCCUACCCGCCCGACAAGAAGGCCAAAGCCAAGGAGGUGGAUGAGUACAAGCUCAAAGACCACUACCUGGAGUUUGAGAAAACUCGCUACGAGAUGUACGUCCGCCUCCUGAAAGAGGGGGGCCUGGAACUCCUGAGCGGCGGCGGGGGCGGGCCCGCGGGCCUGAAGAAGUCGCACUCCAGCCCCUCACUGAAUCCAGACACCUCUCCAGUCACCGCCAAGGUCAAGCGCAACGUGUCGGAGAGGAAAGACCACCGACCUGGAACGCCGAGCAUUAAGCAGAAAGUCACUUAG